UGCCUCGAAUGAGGACACACGGAUGGUUUGAGCUGCUCGUAACAAACCAGCAUAUCACGAACAUCCCCGAGUGUUGUAAAGGGCAACUCUGUUCUUGGACGCUGCAAGGAAAACAGGAACUGAAAACGACAAACACAAGUCGCUUUUGCAUCAAAGCCUGAAAGAUGGGGAAGUGCACCGCCUGGAUCGUUUUCUCCAUCUUCUGGCUCGGCUUGCCUUCACUCUGCGCCGGAGAUGAUCGGCUCUCGAAUUUGGAAGAUGUAUCAUCCCCAUGCAAAUCUACGUCGAGGAAGUGCGCGGUUGCAGGUGGAAACUGCUACGACAUCAACAUGCCAAUGCCAAUUUGUGAUUUCUUGAACGGAAGGCUAUGUCCCUUUCGCCCCUGCAAAUGUUGCAUUGAAUGUGAGAAUCAAUCGCACGCUAAAUGCAGAAAGUAUUACGGAGGAUCUUGCAAGAAGAGAUGCGACAUAGACGAAUACACGUCCAGCUGCAGGAAUGGGUGCAAGUGCUGCGGCUGCAAGACGGAGGGCAAGUGCGCGGCGGUGGGCGGCAAGUGCCAGCCAACCAACCACAAGUGCCCCUCGGGAACAUCUGUCCCUUCGUGGUGCAAGGGAACCAGAUGCACAUGUUGCAUUCCCCCCGCCGACCCGUGCCCCGACCCCCAAGACAAGUGCCACGACCACUGCGGCUACUGCGACCAAGAGUGCCAGCCGGACGAGACACCUCUGCUUGGGCUGUGCGAGAAGGAGAACUGCUACUGCUGCGUCAGAGAACCGUGUCCUGAUCUGAACAUGCAGUGCAACGCCGCCGGUGGAUACUGCAACCACGAUUGCAAGUCUGACGAACUGGCUCUGCCGGGGCUCUGCAAAUACGACAACUGCUCCUGCUGUGUCAAAGUUUGUGACACCAUAAGAAGUAAAAUGUCCACUUCUGCAACAAAGCUUUUUACUUAUUCUUAA